GAAAAAAACAAAACAAUUCAGCAUUUAAAUAGCAUCGACUACUUUGAUGACUACCAUUAGUAUGACUGCCAAUAGUAGUAGUAGUGGUAGUAGUGAUAGUAGUAGUAGUAGUGAUGAAACUAUUGGCACAGUUAGGACAGCCAUAGCCUGGUUUGAUCUGACACUGAAAUAUCGGUCACUGAUCUCUAUCGGCGAUCGUCGUCAUCACAACCGGCAGAUACUUAGUCGACUGUCAGGCAGUGCCGACUUUGGUACGGUUACAGCUGUUAUGGGACCGUCGGGUGCCGGCCUGACAUCAUUGUUAAAAUGUUUGAACGGUACCAACGGGUGGUAUUUGUCGGCCCAGUCGCGUAUACGUUGCAGCCAACAAACUCGGACCACAUUUAUCGGACACAACCAACAAGACUAUCUGGUUAUGGGUCUAACUGUACGCCAGAAUCUCGUAUACGCUUCCCGACUGAAAAACAGCGGCUGUCGUGAACGUAUAGAUCACGAAUCGGUGGCCAACACAGUGAUGGCUGAACUGAUGAUUGCCGAUACAGCCGAUACUAUGGCUGAACGGUGUUCGGGUGGCGAACAAAAACGGUUGGCCUUCGGACUCGAGUUGACUUCGCAUAAAAAGCCGACACUAAUGCUGUGCGACGAACCGACUACCGGUCUGGACAGCAAUAUUGCCGAAGUGGUCGUCGAUUGUCUGAAACGGUUGGCCAAAACCAACAACAUAUGCAUCAUAGCUACCAUACAUCAGCCCAACACCGAUAUCCUAGACAUGUGCGAUCAGCUCUAUCUGCUGGCCAAAGGUGGCCACUGUAUGUAUUGGGGACCGUACCGGGAUCUAUGGCAACAUAUGGCCAACUGUCAGAUUAGUACCGACAUCGGCGCCACCGAUCCUAGCCGUGAGUUGACACUGGCGUCGGUUAUUACUUUAGGUUCGUUAGGACUGUCAGAUCCCCGAGUUUUACGACUAUGUAGCCGUACUGAACAACAACUAGCCCGGGAACGGCUCAGGGAUGUCGAACAAUUAGUUGAACCGUUAAACCUAUCCAAACAUACCAGUUCUCGUGGCAAAUGGUUUUCACUGAAAGACUGUCUGAUACUUAGCUGUCGAUUAGUUAGCGAAAUAUAUUCAGUAAAGUGGCGCCAAUUGGCCAUUCAUACGGCAAUCAUACUGUUUGCGGCACUGAUAUUCCAGUUGGCCUAUCCGACCGAUGUUGGCUCCGGUAGCGAUUGUUUUCAGUUUUCAGCGCCCGAUCUGGACAGCAGCCGCCGCCGGGGACUGUCCUGUUUCGAUCAGUUGGUCAACAAUGACCAGAAUUACUAUAAUUUUCUGUUUAUUAACGCUUAUAUACUGAUCAAUACUAUACUGAUGGGUAUUAUAUCGGUUAAUCGUUUUGAUUCAACGCUACAGCGAUUUUACUAUGAACACCAAAACGCCUGGUACAGCACCGGCAGCUAUUUGCUAACCGAGUCCCUGCUGACUGCCGUACUGAUCACUAUAAACACAUCGAUCAGUUCAACCAUUGUCUACUAUACGACUGGCCAACCCAGGGAACUGAAACGUUUCGGGCCGUUUCUGUACGCAACCGUAAUGGCCGCCCAAUGUACCGACGCUAUCGGCCAACUCAUUACAUUGGUUGUACCAACCAGACGUAUGGUCUACAUAGUCAGCGUAAUCGUAAUGAUUAUGACGGAAAUACUAUGCGGUCUGGCCAUCCAAUUGAGGGACAUUGGCCAGUUUGGCCAACUGGUUAGCAAUCUAUAUCCCGGUCGGUUUGCCGCCCAAAUUAUGCUGCUAACCAUUUACGGUCAAGGCAGAUGCCCGGAGCCCCAGGUCAGCAAUCUACUCUAUAUGUAUAACCUAACCGAACCGCCCGACCUAUUGGUCCAGUAUUGUCUAAAUCUCGGCAAACUGUUUGCCGUCUAUAAGCUGGCCUGUAUGGUAACUAUGCUUAUCCUAAACAAUCGACAUGUUUAUCAAUCAUGGGUGCAAUUGAUUAUCAAUAAACUUUGGUGGCCACGGCUUCAGCAGUCACCAAAUAGUCGGCCAAUUGUUGUUGAAAAUAAUAUAAUAAUAGAAAUGUCGUCGACAUUGGCACCGGUAGCUGAAAACACCGACAACACCGAUGACAACAACAUUGACGCCAAUUCCGUAUAUUAUGAUUGCUAUGAAUCGGUUGAUAAGUUUGACCAUUUGUGUGCCGACAACCUAAUUGAUUAUAAGCUAAAUAAACAAUUUUUGGACAAUAACAACGAUGAUGAUGAUGAUGGGGAACAGGAGAUACAUACAGAAGCAGCCGAUAAUCAUAAUCAGCGGACAGAAAUCGGUUCGCUAAGUAUCGGCUGGUCUAACCUGACCUUACGGUUGGCGAAAACCAUUUACUCCGACGAAAAACUGAUACUCCGAUCGGUCGACGGGUUUGUCGAGUUCGGUACACUGACGGCACUGAUGGGACCGUCCGGUGCCGGCAAGACAUCGCUGUUGCGUUCAUUGAACGGCCAAUACGGUGAACUGAUGACCGCCGAGUCUCGGAUCUGGUUGAGCCCGAAUUGUCGGGUGCGCCGGUGUUUUAUAAUCCAAGAUCAACGGGAACACCUGAUGACCGGUUUGACUGUACGCCAGUCGAUAGUCUAUGCGUCCAAAUUGAAAAACAGUUCGACAGUAAUCGGUGAUAGACUACUCGUCCAUCACUCACACGAGUCGAUAGCCAGAAAACUGAUGAACGAGUUGGCACUGACCGACUUGAGGGACAUCGAUGUCAGCAAAUGUAGUUCAGGUCAACAAAAACGUGUGGUAAUGGCCAUGGAGUUGACUGCCCGACGGAAACCGAAUCUGAUUUGUGUCGAUGAACCGACAUCGGGAGUGGACAGCUAUUCGGCUCAGUUGAUGAUCAAAUGUUUCCGACGACUGGCCAAACGUCAUCGCUUAUCGAUCAUAACGUCCAUACAUCAGCCGAAUAUGGAUAUCAUUGAACUGUACGAUCAGCUCUACAUACUGGCCAAAGGCGGUAUUAGUGUAUACUCGGGUCAGGCAUCGGGUAUUGGCAAACAUCUACGGGAAUGCGGUGUCCAGUACUGUCCAAACAGACAGAUACCGCUGGAAGUGAUUAUGAAAAUAGCUGGCAAUAAUAUCAAUGAUCGACAGGUGCUUGAAAUGCAUCGACAAACCCGACAACAUCAGCAACGGUUACAAUCGGCUUACACUAUACGUGUGGCGGCCACUACUACUACCGUCACCACCACCACUACUAACGGUGCUAAUGGUACUGGUAUACCAUUAACUCAAACCACCCGGUGCUUUACAUGCCGGGAAUUUUACUAUUUAUUAAGCCGAUAUUUGGUCUAUACUGGCCAGUAUGGUUGGCGUGUCCAACUGGGUGUCUACAAUCUACUAAUUGGUAUGGCAUUUGUUACCCGGCUAAUAUUUCAAGUAGAUCUGGAGGCGUCGGAUAGUUGUGUAGAUGUAGGUGCUGUUGACAACAACAACACCAACAACACCAGCACCGGCACCAGUGAACCAUUGGUUUGUUUGCGUACGCCAACUACACUGAGAUUGGAUACCCUAUUGGUCUAUAAUUUUAACUACCUGUCCUUUAUAACCUUGGUCAAUACUGUUAUGCAAUUGAUUAUAUCGUCGAUUACGUUUACCGAUGAUUUUAGACUGUUCCUCAACGAGCACCGUAAUAAUUGGUACAGUACUGAAUCCUAUUUCCUGGCCAAACAGCUUAUGGAUAUCCUACCCAACCUGUUGACCAUAGUAUCCAUUGUAUUCAUUGUCGACAUAUAUGAACGCCGAUCAAUGACCCAACCAUUACUACUAUCCCUAACACUGUCGACCCUAUCCAUUCAGAGUAUGGGCCAAAUUGCUAGCAUAUUGUUUCAAACCGACGCCACUGUUAUCAGUAUUAUACUAAUACCCGUACUAUUUCUCAAUUGUUAUACAUUUGCACCGGUAACAUUGUACGUCAAAUUUAUCAGACAACUGUCCAAUCUAUUGGUAAUCAAACAAACCCAGUCCCUAUUGUUGGUUAGCCUAUACGGUUUCGAUAGGUGUCCUACCAACGGGGGCAGUCAUAUAUCGUCAAUAAUGUACAGAUAUAGUCUACAGGAUUCGGACUACAGGCGCGAUUGGCACCUAUUAAUAGUACAGUUAGUAAUCUAUAAAUUGUUAACAUAUAUACUAUUGAAAUUGAAAGUCAAUUAUGAUAAUUGGUUUAGACUAUCGACGGCUAAACAAUUGUGUUGUCGUCUAAAGUUUUUUUGAUUGUUUUUUUUUGAGUUUUAAUUUUAUAUAUUGUUGUG